AGGACUCCCGUGCAAAUGUUAAGAAACCUCCAUAGAGAAAUAGAACAAGCAGCAACCAGAAGUGAAGCAGUUUCUAUACAGUGCUUAUCGUCCAAGUCGCCGUCUCUCGCUUCUUCCAUUUCAAUGGCAGUAGAACCCGAAUCCAUCUCAGAAAACCCUAGCAAUGGCGACGAAGACCUUGAAGAAGAAGACGAGGAAGGAGAAGAAGAAGAAGAAGACGACCUCGAAGAUGACAUCCAACCAGAACUGCCAAAUCCUCGAAACCAAGAGUCUCGAGCACGAAUAGAGCGGGCGAAGCUAGAGAACCUCUUCCGUCGGAUACAGACUGAAACGGUGCCACUUCGUGUUCACGAUGUGAUCAUCAAGGGCAACUCCAAGACCAAGGACUCCUUAAUCGAAGCCCAAACGGCUUUGCUUAGAGACGUUUCGUCGAUGCAGGAUUUGCUGGAGGCUUCAAAAGUAGUGAAUUUCAGGUUGCAGGCUCUUGAGGUCUUUGAUUCGGUUAAGAUCACGCUCGAUUCAGGCCCGCCGGAGCUGCCUGGGACGGCUAAUGUCAUCGUUGAGGUUGUGGAGACUAAGAGCCCACUGUCUGGAGAAGUCGGCGCGUACACGAAAGGAGAGGCUAGAUCAUCAACAGUUGAAGGAACAAUCAAGUACAAAAACAUAUUUGGUUAUGGUGAUCUUUGGGAUGCCUCUUUGGCAUAUGGGGGUGACCACAUGGCUGAGGUAAGUUCUGGUGUGUAUUUGCCAAGAUUCAGAGGACUUGCUCCCUUGACAGCAAGAGUAUUCCUGCUAUCCCAAGAUUGGCUGAAGUUUUCUUCUUUCAAAGAACGAGCAUUGGGCCUCUCUCUUGGCCUAGUUUCAAGUAGGAACCAUGAUUUGGUGUACACUCUUGCAUGGCGCACUUUGACAGAUCCAUCACAAAUGGCAUCCAGGUCGAUAAGGAGGCAGCUUGGUCAUGGUCUGCUUUCAUCCUUGAAAUACACAUUUAAGAUUGACCAGAGAAAUUCUCCUUUGAGGCCAACACGUGGAUAUGCUUUUGUUUCUACCAGUCAAAUUGGUGGUCUAGCACCCGAUAGUCGGAGCUUACGUUUUCUACGCCAGGAGCUUGAUAUUCGUUAUGCAAUCCCUCUUGGCUUUUUGCGCUCUGCACUAAACCUUGGCAUAUCUGGUGGUCUUAUUUUUCCAUGGGGAACUGGAUUCUUAAACAUGCCUUCUCCCCUACCAGAGAGAUUCUUCUUGGGUGGUAAUUUAUCUCCAAUUUGCACUUUGGGAGGUCCAAUAGCAUUAUAUGGGUUUAGGACAAGGGGACUGGGCCCCACUGAGCCUCGAAGGCAGUUGCAAAUUAAUCCAACUGAUGAUAGUUCUGACCCUGGGAGAGAUUAUCUUGGAGGAGAUCUUGCUGUUACCGCUUUUGCAGAUGUUUCUUUUGAUUUUCCGUCCAAGUGGUGUCAAUCAAAAGGAAUUCAUGGACACAUGUUUGCAUCUGCUGGGAAUAUUGACAAAUUAACGGAAAAUGCAUACCAAAAUUUCUCCUUGCGAAAGUUUGUGGAAUCAUUUCGAACCUCUGUGGGAGUUGGGAUUGUUGUCCCUACAAAUCUGUUCCGUCUGGAGUUAAACUACUGCUACAUGUUGAAGAAAUUUGAUUAUGACCAUGCAAAGUCAGGGUUUCGGGUCAGCUUCUCUACACCAACAUAGAAUCCAGAAUCUAUUCAAUAUGCAAUGAUGUCUGGCAGACUUCAGUUGUUUCAGGAAGGCUUUUACCUCAGGUAGCUGAGCUCUUUCGAAGUUUUCUGCAACGAGGGGAUCCCAUGUUGGACCACUUUCAUUUUUUUCCUAAUGUAAUUUUGAACUGAGAGUCAAAGUUCAGUGAACUGGAUUUGGCGAGGUAAAAACGGAGAGAAAUAAUUUGAUAGAUCAAGAAUUAACUUGGGCUUUAUAUAUCAGGGGGUUUGAUGUAACAGUCAACGUUCCAAUUUCAAUCCUGACGUUGCAGAAGAUCUGAUUAGAUCCUGCAUUGCUUGUCAGUUUCGUGGCAAAGUAAUAUGUUCUUAAUAAGGGGCUUUAAUUGGUUACUUGUGAUUA